AUGGCUGCUGCUGCUACUGCCUCACCGGUGACAGAAAUCUCAACCUGGCUUUCCGGCGACAUCGUAUACGACGUAUUAUAUCCAACAUUAUUAAUCCACGAAGAUUAUGCAAUUUUGUUCGAUGCCAAAGAAGUGAAGACCAAUCGGCUGCUUACCGUCAAAAAAUAUAAUACACCACAAAGAAUACAAGGUGCAUUGCUCAAACGAAGGAUAGAGUAUGAGCGGGAAGUUGUUGCUGCUGUCCGAGGUGGACCUCAUGUCAUUGUUAGCGGCGCCCCGUUUUGGAACAAGGCGACGAAGAGGAUGGAAAUGUACAUGGAGCACUAUCAGCAUCGUCUUAGCAUAUGGAUGGAUGAAACAUUGGAGAACCGAACACUUCGCGGUAUCACCAUACAGAUAGCGCCUUUCUAUCACACACUGCUGACCCAAAUGCUGUCAGCAUUAAAGUACAUCCAUAGCAAAGACAUAAUUCAUUGUUGCGUUAUACCACAAAAUAUCCUUUACAACAAUCAUAAUCAUUUCGUCCUUAGUGAAUUCAGUUUGGCCAGGCACGCACAUAAACGACCAUAUGUUCAUCCGGGGCUGAUCACGGCACAUAUGGCUCCAGAAGUGCUUGACAAGAAGGAAAUAACUUUCACAACAGACAUAUGGACUCUGGGCAUUGUUCUAUUGGAUCUACUCCUUGCACCAGCCCUUGGAGGGGAUACAUCUUGCUUCAAGAGCGAUGGGAUAUGCAAGAACCUCAGUGAGUUAGCUACAGAGCUAGGCCAAGAUUGUGAAAUGCCUGAAUUGGUGAAGAUGUUGAAGAUGAGCCCAACUGAGAGGCCCUCAGCCAGCGAUCUUCUUGAAUAUAUAAAACGCCACCCAAGACCUCAAAAGUCCACCCAAGAUGUCAGUGCCGGAGUCUUGUAUAGGUACGUAAAGCUUAUGUAUCCCGAUGAAGACGAUGCGUUUGUUCGUUUUGCGGCUAUCGAGCAAUAUGCAAUUUGCCAAUCACACCGAAAGGGCUCAAUGACGACAAGCUCAACCCCGGGCAAUGUUGGGGCAGUUCCGGUUCAGCAAGACCCACCCAGUAGCAGCGGCCAGAAUUCUGCUACACCCUCCAUAAUAAGGGGAUCACCGAGCGAAUCCGAGCCUCAAGAACUUUGUCAGGGGGAAAAUCCGAAGGCAUCUUCAUUACGUCAAAGCCCGACGCCAGGAGCAGCCGGCGCAUCAAAAGUGGCAAACACAGCAAUUGGAACAAAUAACGAUACAAUGACGCUGUCCUAUCGCCCCCAAGAGCUCGUGACUUCAAUCGCCGAAUCAGCCAAAACCCCUCCAACCACCAGGUCGCUUGAAAUGGGUGGAAAGACAAGCAAAAUUACGACAUCAUCCUUGACCGAAUCACAGGGAAUAGCAAGUUCAUCAGCUUCACCUGUAACGAUAUCGUCAGCAGCAUCGCAGAGAAUGCCCGCAUCAUCAAGCGCCACGUCCAAGAAGCGCCGUAAAUCCGGCCGGCACAAGAGAAAGGGACGUACGGCCCAAGACGAAAAAGCCAUCGAUUUACAAGAUGUCAGCUCCACUCAGCGCUCACAAAUUCAUGCCCCAGAAGUGCCCGAGGCAGGUGCUGGUAGCGAUCCUAUGGGAUCCUCUUGUGUAGUUUCCUCAGUUUCAGAGAGCGGUCUCACAUCUCGUGGUCUUUGGCGGGAGCGGCAAGAAACGAUCUGUGAGGAGGCAGAGUCUGUCCGGGAGAAGACACAGCAAGCCCUGAUGCGACAAGCAGAGAAGCCAGGAUCGAUUCAGCAGGGGGCAUUGCAAGUGGAACAAGCAGCAGGUUCGGGUUCACACCAAGCAAGCGCACUACUCUCAGCACAUGACACCGGUGGUCAUGUCAGACUCAUGGACAUUCAAGGACCUCAUCGAGCUGGUGAGUCCAAGCUAGAACAACAACGGCCGACUGGAAAGAAAGAAAGUGAAGACCAAGAAGCCGCUAGAGCUCGAGAAACCAUUGAGGCUCACGAAGCCCUGAGCGCUGGACAAAAAGCUGCCAAGGCUCGAGAAAAGGAAGCUGUUAAAGCUCGAGAAAAUAUCGUCGCAGCUGGAGAAGCCAUCAGAGCUCAAGAAGAAACGCCCAGAGCUACAAAAGCCGCUCGUGGUGUUGAGGCCACUAGGCAUCGUGUGAAUACCACAAGGGCCCAAGAAGUCCGACAGGAAGCCGCUAAAGCUAAAGAAGAAGCUGCUAGAGUUCCUGGAGCUGCUAGAGUUCUUGAAGCUGCUAGAGUUCCUGAAGCUGCUAGAGUUCCUGAAGCCGUCAAAGCUCGAGAAGCCGCCAGAGCUAAAGAAAUCGCCAGAAAUCAAAAACUCGCCAGAGAGCGAGAAGAAGCCGUCAGAGUUCAAAAAGCCGCGGCAGAGAGCGAAGCCCGAGAAAUUAAUGCCAUCAUCAAAGCCACGACAACUCAAGUGAAACCUCCCAGAAUUCAAGAAGCCGUCCAAAAGCGAGAGCACAGAGGAGAAGCUGCCGUGACGGAAGCCACGAGAGCUCAAGAAGCUAUGAAAGAAUCAAAACCUACAGGCAUUCUGCGGACUGAUGUGAUUCAAGCACCGACCAUGGCGCCCAAAAAGAGAGGAGCUCCUCCCGAAAGCUCAAUGGCUGCUGAACUCAUUGGCUUGAAAGACCGAGAGAAGAUGACUUCGACUCUGCCCCGUGCCCGUAGCACUCCCGACUUGUCUCUCAUUCUUAGGGAACAAGAAAUACUCGAUGCGCUUGAAGCCAUCAGUUCUUGUGGAAUCACCGGUCAUUCUGACAUCGCCGGGAUCUUGAAGCGUCCAGGGGUGUUAGUGGGGAUGCCCGGAAAUGCAGAUGCCACCAGAGCUCUAGUUGAAGACGCAGCCAAACAUAUAUAUCGGGCUUUAAAAAUGAUGAGGGUCUCCUCUCAUGCUCGAGCUAGCGAAUGGCAGCCUCUCAUUCGAGCGCUGGCUAAAGAGCCAAUUAACUUUUCUGUCAUUUCCUUUAUGACACGUAGGCAAGACAAGACAACAAGAUCUCGCCAAGCAGCACUUCAGACACCCAAACGCAAUGCUGGUGGUGACCCCAUCCAGGGCAGCCUAAGUGAAGAAGCAGCUUCCAACAAGACUGAACCCACUGAAAGUCGGGAGGUCGGUCAAACCGAUGCGCGGCGUGAAUUUUCCACUCCAAUGUUGUCCGCCCAUGCAUCCGCUUGGGACUCAUCCAUGAAAUGUGUAAGCCCAUGGGGUGCGAUUUAUCGUGCAUAUGUGGAAGAUAGACUCCCUCCGGUCCCUCCUGCCGAAUCCACGGAUGCAGAGAAAUACCAGGCAUGGUUGGAUGCUGAGCUGCCGGCUCCACCACCACGUCCCCAUCCUGAGGGGGCAAUCUACGACCUGUGGGCUCGGCGAACAGUUCGAUCGGACAUGCACAACUUUCCGGAUAUCCUUGAAGAGGAAGCUCAACGAUAUUAUGCGCAUGUGCGAGGUGAACAGUCGCAUCUACAGGGUCAAGUUGCUCAAGACCGAAUGGAGCAGGCUCGACCUACACAUGUAGCACAACGCCCAGCCAACUCCGGACUCCCUCUGGACAACAUCGAGAUAAUACCACGGCAAGCUGGUUUGACACUUUCAUCGCCCUCCAUACCGACUGUACAUUACAAGAGCCUGCAACAAUCUGGCUCACAUCCUUCCCAAUCAGCUCCGCAUACGUUUUUGAGGUCGACCUCCUCUCCGUCAGCCAGACCGUUUCGUUCAGCAUCUGCUCAAUGCCCCCCCUCUUCACGCUCUACCGGCCCCGAACCGCGAGUGGCGUCUCAGGUCCGAGAGCGGCCUGCCCACCCUUUUCAGGGACAAAUCCGCAUGGUCAAAUCUAAGAGCACUGGCACGCAGCAAGUGACAGCCUGUCUGCCUGGGCCCGACGCUGAGACAGCAAGGCAGCGGGCCGAGAGCCAAGCGGGCCCAUCGCGUCUUCGCCCUGCCACUAGAAAAGGUGCAUCUUACACCGAGGGAGCUCCAAGCCAGAUCGAUCCACCGAUUCCUAUGCCGCGUCCUGCUGAUGACGAAGCGGUCAAGAGCAUGCGACGCAAGUGGGAAAUGGCCCAGAAGCUACGGAGAGACCAUCUGCGCAUCCUGCAAAAGAUGGAGGCUAAAAGCUCUAUAUGA